AUGAAAUUUUUUGUACAACUUUUUUUUUGUUUGCAUAUCUUUUAUAUGUGUUUUUUCUGCUUUUUUUGCGUUAAAAAACAAUUUUUUUUUGUUUUUUGCGCAGAAACUGCAGUAAAAAACAAUGACCCUUGUUUUUUUACACACGCAACCCUGUCCGCACGAAAAUUCCAAAAAAUUGAAUUUAUGCCCAACUUUCGACAACAAGGAAAAAUUCAAAGCUUAGGGUAUAACUCCCAGUUUCACGCUAGGAAUACGCCAAAUUGGCCUAGGGAUGCCUGCAGACGAUGCUGGGCUUUUCCUUUCCAACUCUGAGCCAACCUUUUCACUCGAGGAAAAUCCAAUCCUGAAAAUGGACUAGGGCUAGACUUUAUAUUACUAGAAUUACUUACCUUGCCUCGCUCUCAAUUUCUGGGUAGCAAAACCUUGCCGAUAUAA